CGGUUUGAAUUCGGGGGUUGACGUCGAUAGACGCAUUCCGUGCCUGUGGCUCCUCUGCAUGUGACCUGUGUGAAUCUAACGUGCGGAGGCGCGCUCUUCGGUCUCUACAGAGACAGACAGAGACAUCGUACGUGCUGGCGUCGUUUCAUCUGAAAUUGCGCAAUCCCGACUUCCUCCACCUGGACAGACGCCGCGAAGACGCAAUCAGCACCGCGUAACUGAACAGCGACCGUUACCCCGGUGUGUGCUCUCCGCCUAAAUGGACUCUUUUCACUGAGAAACUAGAACCGCAAACGACAAUUUCCAAUGACAUCACCUGGCUUUCGCUCUCUUGGAGGUUUAUAUGGGGCUGAUGACAGCAAUGAAAGCCCCAGCACACCAAGAGCGUGGUGUCAGGCUGCCCAAAAAUUUACAGGAGACCUAGGAUCGAAAUUAUAUGCCCUGCUUAAUGUUGGAGAAAGCGAAAAAAUAGCCAGCCAGACCACCAAAGGAUCGACAGAAAACUGCGGAUGCAAUAAACCCUGUAAUUGUUCCAGAGGAAACCCUGAUUUCUCAUAUCUGUACUCAACAGAUUUACUGCCUGCGUCAGAUGGGGAUCUGAGAACGAUGGCUUUUCUGAAAGAGGUUGUGGACAUCAUGCUGGAAUACACUGUGAAAUCAUUUGAUAGGUCAACGAAAGUCAUUGACUUUCAUUACCCGAACGAGCUGCUUCAAACAAACAACUGGGACCUCUCGGACGAACCAGAAACACUGGAUGGUAUUCUGUUGUAUUGUCGAGAAACCCUAAAAUAUGCUAUCAAAACAGGCCACCCCAGGUACUUCAAUCAACUUUCUACAGGAUUAGAUAUGGUUGGUCUGGCAGCAGACUGGCUCACAUCAACCGCUAAUACGAACAUGUUCACCUAUGAGGUGGCUCCUGUGUUUGUGCUGCUGGAGUAUGUGACUCUGAAGAAAAUGAGGGAGAUCAUUGGCUGGCCGAAUGGAGUGGGGGACGGAAUAUUCUCACCAGGCGGUGCCAUCUCUAAUAUGUACGCAAUGCUGGUGGCUCGGUUCAAGAUGUUCCCUGAGGUGAAGGAGAGGGGCAUGUCCUCGGUUCCAAGACUGGCUGCCUUCACGUCUGAACACAGUCAUUUUUCAAUCAAGAAGGGAGCCGCCGCUCUUGGAAUCGGGACUGAGAGCGUUGUCUGCAUCAAGGCCGACGAGAGAGGUAAAUUGAUACCAUCAGACCUUGAGAAGAGAAUAGUCGAAGCCAAACAGAAGGGUCUGGUUCCCUUCUUCGUGAGCGCGACCGCGGGCACCACCGUGUACGGUGCCUUCGACCCACUCCACGCCAUCGCCGACAUCUGCAAGAGGCACAACGUCUGGAUGCAUGUGGACGGUGCGUGGGGAGGAAGCCUGCUCAUGUCCCGGAAGCACAGAUGGAAGCUGGACGGGGUGGAAAGGGCAAAUUCAGUGACCUGGAACCCUCAUAAGAUGAUGUCUGUUCCAUUACAGUGCUCUGCCCUACUUGUCAGAGAAGAGGGCUUGAUACAGAACUGCAACCAGCUGCAGGCCUGCUACCUCUUCCAGCAGGACAAGCACUACGACAUGGCCUACGACACCGGGGACAAAGCGCUGCAGUGCGGCCGCCAUGUCGACGUCUUUAAGCUGUGGCUCAUGUGGAGGGCUAAGGGCACCAUUGGAUUCGAAGCUCAGAUUGACAAAUGCCUGGAGCUCUCGGAGUACCUAUACAAUAAAAUCAAGGACAGGGAAGGGUACGAAAUGGUGUUUCAUGGAAAACCUCAGCAUACCAAUGUGUGCUUCUGGUACCUUCCGCCUGGCAUUCGCUACCUUGAGGACAAAGACGAGAAAAGGAGGCGCCUGCACAAGGUGGCACCUGUGAUCAAAGCCAGGAUGAUGGAGUACGGGACCACCAUGGUGAGCUACCAGCCCCAGGGCAACAACGUCAACUUCUUCCGCAUGGUCAUCUCCAACCCGGCGGCCACUUUCGAGGACAUUGACUUCCUCAUCGAGGAGAUUGAACGUCUCGGACAAGACCUUUAGACUGUGUCGUGAAAACUUCUCAGGUGUCUCCCAUGGACAAAGAAAAGUGUGUUGUUAAAGUGACAGUCUUUGGUGUGAAUAACGUUGUCUGGAGUCUUAUUUCUGUGGUUCUGUCUUGGUUUUGUGUAUGAACUAAAACAGCUGAUUUCUGCUUUGUCUGUACAGGACAGGGCAUAAUGUACAGAGAGAUUUGGCUUGUUUGGGUGCAAAAAUUUAAGCAAGUAUAUAUUGAUGUUAGCUGAUCUUUGAAAUGAUCUUCACAGAAAUUUGGCAUUUGUUUUGAAUAUCGAAAUGGUUCUGAAAUUAUAUUCUCGUUACAUUCUCAUAAUGGAUUCUCAUGCAGUAUGUAAUGUGUUUGUCAUGAGUGGAUGCAGGCAGAUUCUUAUGUCUUCACAUUGCAAAUGCCGCACAAGGCACAUAAUGCAGUUGAGAAGGAAUUUCAGUUUACAAAACAAAACUGCACAAAAGGUUCAUUCAUUCAAGAGGCCUGUGUUACAGGUAACGAAGGGCAGAGAAAACCAGUGUCUAAAUUCUGUCAAGUGACUUUGUAUCUUCCUAGCUGUCAUGAAAGUGUUUUGUGUGUUUGUAACUGUAAGGCCUUUAUAUAAUUGCCAAAACUGUGUUAGUCUCCUUCAAGAUAGUUUGCACACUAAACUACAUGUGAUUGUGGAUUAUCCUUGGCUGUUUGUAUUUAUAGGUGAAAAAAUGUGAUAAAAAAAGUCUUAAUGUGUUACAGUGCCAAUUAAUUGGAAGUUAACUGUGGGUUAACUUUUACCACCCAGUUGUUUUUGUCUUGUAGUAGCUCGUUGGUACCAUGAUAUCAUUGAAAAUCUAAGUGUCAUGGUUAGUCAUGCCUUCUACCUUUCCUUCCUCCAGAGUGGGUACAUUCACUGUUCCCAUUCUUAUAGUAAGUAAAUCUCAGAUGUAGUAAUGGAACUGACAGGUGGCUUUCACCUUGUGCUGUUGCAUGUUCGUCCUCUGGCCCGGUGAUGUAGCAAGUCAUUUGCU